GAUGCAAAUGGUUCGCUCAAACUGGCGGGUGGUGACAUUACGAGAGAUCUUUAUACGCUUCCUGCUAAGAAAAACAACUUGAGACGGUCACGCAGUUUGACCGGUGCAGAUUUGCCUGGAGAACGUCGUGGCUCUGCGGCAUCCCAAAUUCGUCUUCCAGGAGGCUUCAGAAGACAAUUCAUUCUCAGCAAGAACUCAAAGUAUGGCCACCAGCUGUCCAAGCCAACAUUUUUCACCAGGAAUUUCCUAGAGUUCCUGUCUAUUUAUGGGCAUUUUGCCGGUGAGGAUUUGGAAGAUGAGGAUUAUUUGGCUUGUUCCUAUGUUAUUGACAAAGAUACUGAUGAGGAGACUCCUCUGUUGGAACCCCGGGCUCAUGGGGGCACUGCGUCGACACUGAAGUCAUUUUUCCUGCUUCUCAAAUCGUUUGUGGGAACAGGUGUACUAUUUCUCCCUCGUGCAUUCUACAACGGUGGCAUUCUAUUUUGCACGUUAACUUUGCUUUUUUUCGGAGUCUUGUCAUACUGGUGUUACUACAUUCUUGUGUUGACGAAGGUGAAAACUAGUGUGUCCUCAUUCGGUGACAUUGGAAUGACUCUUUACGGAAAAAACAUGAAGCUGCUCAUCCUUGGUUCUAUCAUUCUUUCUCAGAUUGGUUUUGUCGCUGCAUACACCAUUUUCACUGCUGAGAACCUUCGCGCGUUCACACUCAACUUUUUCAACGUGGACAUCUCACUUGGCAAGUGGGUUGUAAUGGAAUGUGUGGUAUUUAUACCACUUUCACUGAUCAGAAACAUUACAAAGCUGUCACUAGCUGCCCUUUUAGCAAAUAUAUUUAUCAUGAGCGGUCUGGUUACCAUAGUUUACUAUGCUUCACUCGACCUCAUAGAAAAUGGACCUGCACAUGUUGAGUUAUUCAAUCAAGACAAGUGGUCGCUCUUCAUUGGUGUGGCUAUAUUUGCAUUUGAAGGAAUUGGCUUAAUCAUUCCGGUGCAAGAGUCGAUGAAGCAUCCAGGACAAUAUCCAAAAGUUCUGGGCGCAGUCAUAAUCGUGUGCUCCAUACUAUUUAUUGGGAUAGGCUCUUUGGGAUACAUGACUUACGGAGAUCACGUCAACACAGUGGUGAUCUUGAACCUUCCACAGUCGUCCAUCGCAGUAAGAUCUAUUCAAUUGUUCUAUGCCAUAGCUAUUCUUCUUUCUGCUCCGCUACAACUGCUGCCUGCAAUCAGAAUCAUCGAAUCUAGAAUCUACAAAAGGCGGUCUGGAAAGACCGACUCUGCUACAAAAUGGUCCAAAAACAUGUUUCGCACAUGCAUGGUGGUUGGGACAAGUCUUAUAGCGUACUGGGGGUCGUCCAACCUAGACCAAUUUGUGUCCUUUGUUGGGUCGUUCGCCUGCAUUCCCUUGGUGUACAUGUAUCCUCCAAUGCUGCAUUACAAGAUAUGCGCCCAUUCGAGAUUUAUGAAGGCCCUUGACAUGAGCCUAGUAGUUUUGGGAGGAGUGGCCAUGUUAUACACGUCCUACCAGGUGAUUGUAGGAUAG